AUGCGGGGUGCGAAGCUGGACCCCGACGUCAGGUGUUACUUCGCCGGGAUCAACGCCUGCAGGAAGGGCGGGCGGUGGGAGCAGGCACUUGCGCUGCUCGGCGAGGCCUCGGAUUUCGACCUGGAGCCAGACGCCAUCAGCUACAACGCAGGCAUCAGCGCCUGCGAGAGGGGAGGGCAAUGGCAGCACGCCCUGUCGCUGCUCGCCGAGAUGUGGGGUGUGAGGCUGGAGCCGGACGUCAUCAGUUACAGCGCUGGGGUGAGCGCUUGCGAGAAGGGAGGGCAGUGGCAGCAGGCACUGACGCUGCUUGCCGAGAUGUGGGAUGCAACAUUGGACCAGACGUCAUCAGCUACAGCGCUGGAAUGA